UUUCCCUGCAGGGUGUCUGAAUUCAGCUGCCACAUCUCCGGGUGCUGCCAGGUGUUUGACACACUGGAGGGCUACGAGCACCACUACAACACCCUGCACAGGAACGUCUGCUCCUUCUGCAAGCGCUCCUUCCCCUCGGGACACCUCUUGGACAUUCACAUCCUGGAGUGGCACGACUCCCUCUUCCAGCUAAUGGCCGAGAAGCAAAACAUGUACAAGUGUUUGGUAGAGGGCUGUGCAGAGAAGUUCAGGAGCAGCAAGGAGAGGAAGGAUCACUUGGUCACUGUGCACCUGUACCCUGCUGACUUUCGCUUUGAUAGACCGAAGAAAGUGAAAAGCUGCCCCAAGUGUGUGAGCUCUCCCAUCCAGCAGAGUGCCAGCAUGCCCAUGGAUGUGAGUGUGGAGACCUCAGAGCCCUUCCAAGUGGACUCCAUGGAAGUGGGGCCCAGUGAGGACAUGAAGAUCCCUCAGCCUCCUGCCAGCCCUGUCCCCUCAGUGCCAGAGAAGCGACUCUUUAAAUCCAGGGUCCCAUCCACAAUUUGCUUUGGACAAGGUGCCACACGAGGAUUUAAAGGACCAAGGAAGAAGGUCUGA